AUGACCAAGCCUACUGUCACCAUCCACACACUCCCUGGCUCGACCGACACGGACGGCGCUGGCGAGUCGUUGCGCGAUACCAUCGAGACCGGCCUCGUUGGCGGGGAGCGUACCGUCCCCGGCGAGCGCGCAGAGGAUGAGGAGUGGGCUUAUACGCGGACCGUGUCCCCUCUGAUCCACUACGACGCGGAUGGGCUCAACUACUACGCGCUCGACCUGUCCAAGCCUGAGCUUGAGCGUGUCCUCGGCGACCUCGACACGGAGUACGGCGCGUCGCUGGCCCGCGUGUCCCGCGUCGGCCUGCACGCGGAUUACGACGCCGGCCUCAAGCUCGCCAAGGAGGGCAAGCUGGCCGCCCUCAGCGGCGGGGACGGCGCCCGGCCGCACCACUUUGCGUUCAUCGGCACGUCGCUGGGCAACUUUUCGCGAGAAGACGCCGGCGCCUUCCUCAAGAGUAUUCCUCUGCGUGCCGGCGUCGACCGCCUUGUGCUCGGCCUCGAUGGACGCCCGCCGGCCGGCGAGGAGGGCAAGAGGAAGGUUGAGACGGCGUACAAUGACCCCGCGGGCAAGGGCCGCGCGUUCGAGGAGCACGGAUGGGUUGUGGUGCGCCGCGAGCUGGGCUUGGCUCCGGACACGUCGAUCGAGUGGGCUAAUCGGUACAACGAGCCGCUUGGCCGUCACGAGUGCUACUACCGCGUCAAGGAGGAGCAGACGCUCCACCUCCCUAAUCGUAACGUCGAUGUGCAUCUCGCCAAGGGCGAGUUGCUGCACGUAGAGUGGAGCAUCAAGUGGUCCUACGACGAGGCCAUUGCCCUGUUCACUGGCGCCGGGCUGCGCGUCGUGCAGAGCUGGAAGGCGCCGACAUCAGAGUACAGGGUAUGGGUGCUGGAAAAGGCGGCGUGA